CAACAGGAUUUACCUGUUAACACUAUCGUACGUUAAAAUUAAUAUGAAAUUAGGAAAAGGCUAUUUUUCUUAAUUUAUAAUUUAUAUUAAGUACAUAGUAUGUUAGUAUAUCGGAAUAUAGCGUCAAUAUAAUAUUUUAAAGAUAUUUCUAAACUAUAUAUAAUUACAGGUUCAAAUGAUAGGAUGAACGAGUCAUUUUGCAGUUUGAACUGACCCUGCUUUGACAUAAAUUUCCUUAUCAUUUUGUGCUAUAUCAAAACAAAUUAUAAAGAGUUUGGUGUAAGCAAUAGAACGCUACUAGAGUAAAUAGUUUUCUUGCUGAAUAUGGGAGUGUUUUCAUCGGUUACUUUACUGACUGUGCUGUUGGGUUCCUAUACAAAUGGGUUGUUUUUUGCAAGCAAGGUGUGUUAUGAUGGCGUUGGAUGUUUUCACGGAAGUCAUCCAUUUGACAACAGUCUCGGUGAACUGCCUGAUUCUCCUGAUGAAGUUCAGGUGAGAACAUAUUUAUGGACGCAACAGAAUCCUGUGGAAGCACAAGAAAUUAAUUAUCAAGAUAUUGAAAGCAUUGAAGACUCCAACUUCGACGCUACCCGUCCCACAAAAGUACUGAUCCAUGGUUUUAUGAGCAGCAAAGAUGAAUCGCCGAUCAUUGCCAACCUAUCUGUGGCAUUUAUAAAGCAGGGAGACUUUAACGUUAUUGGAGUUGAUUGGUCAAAGGGAGCGAAAAAGUUUUACCCAAAAGCUGUGGCAAACACACGGCUUGUAGGUGCUGUAGUCGCUCAGCUUCUGACCACAUUGAAGGAUAAGUUCCAAAUGAAACUCGAAAACCUGCAUGUCCUUGGGCAUAGUCUAGGAGCCCAUGUCGCUGGGUAUGUCGGCACAAGGAUACCGGGUAUAUCAAGAAUUACAGGUCUUGACCCAGCCGGUCCCCUGUUUACAAAGACUGACCCAGUUGUUCAUCUAGAUCCAAACGAUGCUUUAUUUGUUGACGUUAUUCAUUCAGAUGGUGCUCCAUUAGAGGAUGCAGGUUUUGGAACAUUGGCGCAGUUAGGGCAUAUGGAUUUCUACCCGAAUGGAGGUCAAAUUCAGCCAGGUUGUCCUCCACCAAUCAAGACUACCGUUGAACAACUUCUUACAUUGCAGUUUACAGAUGCUUUCGACAGCGUAUCGUGUGCUCAUGACCGAGCGAUUUGGUACUUCAUAGAAUCCGUUUUAAACACAAACUGCAAGUUCACAUCAUACCCCUGCUCUUCUUGGAAGAAUUUUAAGGCUAGGAAUUGCACAACAUGCGGAGAUAUCGGAUGUCCUGUAAUGGGCAUUAACUCUGUGGAAGUCCCAACAAAGGGAACAUUUUAUCUGCAAACAAACUCUCACACACCGUUUUGUCAUUAGUGAAAAACGCUUGUGAAUAGUCAGAAAAAAAGUAAAAUAUAUUUUUGAAGACUU